AUGGCAAGACUAGCGAAGAUCUCCGUGGACGCUGCAAGUCGUAACCACUCGCCUUCUGCAGUGGGAAAUCAGGAGCGUACGAGCGAGGACGAUAACUCGGCACCAGAUCAAGUGCAGCCGGGCUCGUUGGCCGUGAGACGGGCCGUCACGAAGCAUUCGCACAGCGCGCCCCCGACAUCCUUCAAACUUAGCUCGACAGCGCCUCUGAAGCGUGACGCGCAUCGCCCAGAUACUCUGUUCGCUAUUAAAUUACCUCCGGCUAAUAGCCUAACCAGCUGCACACAAUAUACUCGGGAAGGCGGGAGAACACGUGUUGGGGCCAAAGCCGCCGAAGUUUCUGGUCCAUCCGACGUCGAUUCCGAUGAUACCACGGAUCUCUCGGGGUUUAUCGUUAGUGAUAGUGUGUCUAUUUACGAGGAAGAUGAAGAGGAGGACAAAGAGGAGGAAGCCAAGCCCACAGAAGCCAUCAAGGCCCCACGACCGGCCCGACGUUUGGUAAGAGGAAGGAGACCAGCGAUUACGGAUGACGACUCUGAUGAGGAGUUGAAUGCACGUAUGAAACAACUUAGCACUGCCCAUUGCCCGCCCAUUACACCCUGCGAGUCAACGGAAAAUGCAGGGGCCCUAAGGCCUGACCGGACACCACCCCGAAGCGCGCGGCCCAAGUCUCAACUUCUCGCAUCUCCGACUAAAAUGCCGCCUAUUCCAGCGCCGCCUUAUGCGUCACAUACCGACGCCUUUUGGGAGCCUGAUGUCAUCAACGAAUGGAACGAAGCUUACUCGCCCGUCAAAAAGAAGGUCCGCGAGCCGGUCUCACGGUCCAUCGGUGACCAGCCACAGCUGAAAACUACUGACAAGACAGCACGAGCCGCGCGUCGCACAUUCUCGGCCACGAAACAGGCGAUAGCCGAGGCUUUUCUAGCCGAGCUCGAUGACAAGCUGACGCAAGGCAAGGUUGCACAACUCGCUGCGCCAACGGGCGGCAUUCGCAUCACUUGGAGCAAGAACCUCACCUCCACUGCCGGCCGGGCCCACUGGAAACGCGAGACAUUGCCGAAUGAAAAUACCACCACGUUCCGGCAUCACGCCAAAAUCGAGCUUGCCGAUAAGGUGAUUGACGACGAGAACCGUCUGCUUAAUGUCGUGGCCCACGAGUUCUGCCACCUCGCUACUUUUAUGGUCUCGGGUGUGCGUGACCGGCCGCACGGUCGCGAGUUCCAGACCUGGGCUGCCGAGUGUGCGCGCCACUUUGGGGAGCGUGGCGUACGCGUUACCACGCGCCAUAACUAUGCCAUUGCUUAUAAAUAUGUGUGGACAUGCGUUGCUUGUGGCCGGGAAGUACAGCGGCAUAGCAAAAGCGUCGACCCAGCACGCCAGGCUUGCGGAAGCUGUCAUGGUCGGCUCCAACAGACAAAGCCGCCGCCCCGGUCCACGGUCAGUGCAUAUCAGCUCUUUGUGCGGGAGCAUCUGCCAAAACUACGUCGGGAAAACCCGACGAGCCCACAGAAAGAGAUGAUGGGGCUUGUGGCUAAACGAUAUCACGAUGCCAAGACCGGCCGACAACAGGCUGAGAUAGCUAGAGCCGGUGGCGUCGAAGACCAGGUCAAGGUCGAGGAUGAGAUCGAAAUUAUGGCCAGAAAACUCAACAUGAUCGAUUUGACUAGCCCUGGAAAGUAG